AUGGCCGAUCGGCCACGCACGACGGACGACUGUCCAGGAUCUAACGGGACGCAAACUCCAGGCUACGACGAUGAGAAAACACAUCAGGCACAAGCCACAACUCCGUGCGACAAUCCUGCAAGCAGUAUAACACGAGAUCUCGAGCAAGGCAGUGUUCAAACGCCGAGCCACACCGACAACGCGAACAUAGUAGGAUGGGAAAGCGACGACGAUCCUCUGAACCCACAGAACUGGCCCACGCGAAAGAAGUUCGUCAACUGCGCUCUUGUCAGCUUCUUGACCCUCCUGGCCCCCCUCGCAUCUUCCGCAUUCGCUCCCGGAACGCCGCAGCUCCUACACGACUUCAACAGCAAGAGCAGCGAGCUGAGCAGUUUUGUCCUGUCCGUCUAUGUUCUGGGCUACGCGGUCGGCCCGAUGAUUGCGGCUCCCAUGUCUGAAAUGUACGGACGCUUUGUUGUCUACCUCGUCACAAACAUCGGCUUUGUAGCCUUCCUCGCUGGCUGCGCUCUCGCCCCAUCCAUCAGCUCCUUCGUCGCCUUCCGCUUCUUCUCCGGCGCCCUUGGCUCCUGUGUCAUUUCAAACGGUGGCGGCACCAUAGCCGACAUCGUCAGGCUGGAAAGCAGAGCUCGCGUCAUGGCUGCUUUCAGCGUUGUGCCGAUGCUUGGGCCCAUUGUCGGGCCCAUUAUGGGAGGGUUUCUGGUCGCGGAGAAGGGGUGGCGGUGGGUGUUCUGGGGGCUGGUGAUCGUCGCCGGGACGUUGACCAUCAGCAUGGCCCUGUUCAUGAGUGAGUCGUACGCACCGGUUCUUCUCGAGCGGAAGGCCAGGAUGUUGCGUCGAGAGACUGGAAACACAUUGUUCAGCGCGAAACUCGACAAGGGCCUAACGCACGCCGACCUCUUCAAACGGUCGAUUCUGAGGCCGUACUACAUCCUUUUCUGCUCGCCUUUGGUCCUCAUAUUCGCCACAUACAUGCUCGUCGUCUACGGCUAUCUCUAUCUGCUUUUCGCUUCUGUAAGCGUCGUCUUCCAGGAAACCUACGGCUUUUCAACGAGUUCUUCUGGGUUGGUUUUUAUUAGUUUCGGGCUGGGCUCUAUCACAAGCUUGGUCUGGCACAGUUGGACGAGCGAUGGUGAUGCUGCAGAGCAGUUGAAAAAGGAUGAGUUCGAACCAGAGUUUCGGCUAAAGCUGCUUCCCUAUGCCUCAUUCAGCAUACCUAUAGGUCUCUUCAUUUACGGCUGGACUGCCCAAUACCAUGUCCAUUGGAUUGCUCCCCUCAUAGGCUUAUAUUUUUUCGGCCUCGGUUAG